GGUAGUUUUAUUAUAAUUUAAUUUUUUUUUAUCAACUUUAGAAAGUGAAGUACUGGUAUUACUUUGGUCGUGAAGUCGAGUCAAUUCUGAUAAAACUGACCACUAUAUUACUCUCAAUCGGGUAUUAAUUAGAGGUGUAUGAAAUUAUAAUCUAGGUUUAGUAUUAUCAAGCAUUUCUUGAAAAGGGUUGGUGGAAUUUUUCAUGGAGAAUCGUUCCAAUGGACUGCUUGCUGGGUAUGAAAUUCAUGGUUUCCGGACCAUGGAAGAUUUGGACAUCUUCAACAUAAUGAAGGAAGCAAAAAGCAGGUGGCUUCGACCAAAUGAAAUCCAUGCUAUAUUAUUCAACUAUACUUAUUUUGACAUCAAAGUCAAGCCAGUGAGCCUACCAAAAGGUGGUACAAUAGUCUUAUUUGAUCGUAAAAAACUACGAAAUUUCAGGAAAGAUGGUCACAACUGGAAGAAGAAGAAAGAUGGGAAGACUGUCAAAGAAGCUCAUGAGCACUUAAAAGUUGGCACUGAAGAAAGAAUACACGUGUAUUAUGCUCAUGGUGAAGAUAAUCCAAGCUUCGUCCGGAGGUGUUACUGGUUGCUUGAUAAGACUUUGGAACACAUAGUGCUGGUUCAUUAUCGUGAAACUCAAGAGUUGCAGGUUUCUUCAAUGACGCCUGUGAAUUCAAGUAUUCACUCGGAUUUAUCAGAUUACUCAGCUUCUCAGCUUUUGUCAAGGGGCAAUGACAGGCUGAUCGAUCAAGUGUAUUACCCAUCCAUGAAAGAAUUUGGAGACUCUGGUGACAGUAUCAACGUUACCAAUCAUGAGAUUAGAUUGCAAGAGAUUAACACUCUUGAUUGGGAUGAGCUUUUAGCGUCGAAUGAUCUUAAUCAAGAAACUAUAACCACUGAAGCAGGACAGAGUCCAUAUUUCCAGCAAGACAAGGGACUUGCUACAAACAUCUCAGAAGAAAAUGGAACGUUUUCGUUGACUAGAAACUCUCAAGCAGAUGUGCUCUCUUCCAGAAGCUCAAUAAACCCUAUUGUAGAAAUUUGUUCAACUUAUAUGGGUGACAUGUCUCUCCCUUUGUUGAAGGUUCAAACUGAUCAGAAGGAGGAAAGCAGGGUUUACAAUACUGGGACAGUCGGUGCAGGGGAUUUCUCUGACAAUAUGGCUAAAGAUGGUUUGUUAAGUCAAGACAGCUUUGGAAGGUGGAUAAAUGAGAUUAUAGUCGACUCACCCGAGUCUGUAGAAGAUCCUACCUAUGAAUCUUCUGGAGCAACUAGUCACGGAUCUCUUGUGUCUUCAGGAGCAGUUAACAAUGAAGGACCUGUCCCCUUGCAGAGAUUUUGCAUAACUGAUGUCUCACCCUCAUGGGCAUAUUCUACUAAAGAAACAAAGAUUUUAGUGGUUGGAUUCUUUCACCAAGGGUAUCAACAAUUAGCAAAAUCUGAUGUAUAUUGUGUCUUCGGUGACACAUUGUAUCCUGCUGAAAUGAUUCAAGCUGGGGUGUUUCGUUGUUUCGUUUCUCAACAUAGUCGGGGAUCUGUAAACUUUUUUUUGAGCUUUGAUGGUAGGACACCCAUAAGCCAAGUUCUAAAUUUUGAGUUUCGUGAUCCUGCAUCUACUAAUGUCACUAGAAGGGAAAACUCUGAUUGGGAUAUGUUCCAGAUACAGAUUAGGCUUGCUCAUUUGCUUUACUCCACGUCCAAGAGCCUUGACAUUCUAUCUAACAAAAUAUCACCCAGUGCUUUAAAAGAGGGAAAGAAGUUUGCUCUCAAACAUUCUAAUAUUUCUGAUAAUUGGGCAUAUUUUAGCAAACUAAUAGAAAACAGAAAGAUCUCUUUUGAACGAGCUAAGGACAGUUUGUUUGAACUCUCUAUGAAGAGCAGACUUAAGGAAUGGCUGUUGGAGAGAGUGGUUGAUGGGAGUAAAAUUCUUGAGCGUGAUUCUGAAGGUCAGGGGGUUCUCCAUUUGUGUGCUAUCCUCGGUUACACAUGGGCCGUCAAUCAAUUUUCCUGUUGCAGCUUAUCAUUGGACUUUAGGGACAAGUUUGGAUGGACGGCUCUGCAUUGGGCUGCUUACUAUGGAAGGGAAAGAAUGGUUGCUGUCCUUCUUUCUACCGGAGCAAAGCCAAAUUUGGUUACGGAUCCCACUUCUGAAAAUCCUGGAGGAUGCACUGCUGCUGAUCUUGCAGCUAAGCGGGGUUUUGAGGGUUUAGCUGCUUAUCUUUCAGAAAAGGCUUUAGUUCAGCAAUUUGAAGACAUGAGAAUUGCAGGAAAUGCUGUUGGUUCACUCGAGACACACAUUUAUGAGUCUUCUACUACCAGCUGUGUCACCGAGGAGGAUCUCUAUCUAAAAGAUACUCUGGCAGCUUAUCGUACGGCAGCUGAUGCUGCCGCACGCAUUCAGGUUGCUUUUAGGGAGAAAAGGACUAAGGAUGUCGAAGUCUCUAAUCCAAAGACAGAAGCACGCUAUAUUGUUGCUGCAAUGAAGAUACAACAUGCAUAUCGAAAGUAUGAGGUGCGGAAACAAAUGGUUGCUGCUGCUCGCAUACAGCAUAGAUUCAAGACAUGGAAACUUCAUAAAGAAUUCUUGAAUAUGCGACAGAAAGCUAUAAAAAUUCAGUCUGUAUUUAGGGGUUUUCGAGUGCGCCGGGAAUACAGGAAGAUUUGUUGGUCUGUUGGGGUGCUUGAGAAAGCAAUACUACGGUGGCGACGUAAAAGAAGAGGCUUCUGUGGGCUUAAGAUCGACAUCAAUGAGCCUGCUGAUGAUCAGAGAAGGGACAGUGAUACGGAGGAAGACUUUUAUCGAGCUAGCAGAAAACAAGCUGAGGAGCGUGUAGAAAGAGCUGUAGUGCGUGUACAAGCAAUGUUCCGUUCAAAGCAGGCUCAACAAGAAUAUCGAAGGAUGAAAUUAGCUCAUACACAAGCACAGUUUGGAUACGUAGAAGCAAUCGAUUCCUACGACUUUUUAGAGUGAGUCGAUUGAGCCGAUUUCCAAUAAUCUAUGGGGGGAAGUAAUGCUAUAUCAUCUCUGUACAUGUCUUUUGAAGGUGUAGAUAUGUAGAAUCGGUGCGUUCGCCCCUCACAUAGAUACUUCUAUCUAUCUAUUAGUUAAAGUGCUCAUAACACUCUGUCAUUGUAAGUUUAUGUUUCUGUUUAGCUUCUUUUUGUUGAGGGAUGUUGUGUAAUUUGAUGUUGAAGAUAAACUAUUGAAAGUAUUAAGGUAAUAACUUGGUUGUGCUUA